ACCGAACUUGAAUAUUACCAGAAAGAAUGUUGGGGAGAGUGGGGGACAGGAUAUAAGGGAUAGCAUAAUAUUCGGAUUUGAGUGUUUUUGGACGAUCACAGCCUGUUAUCGAUCGCCUGUUUGCGCCAGCCCACUAAGGGUCUUUCGGUGUUGUUUUACUUACAAAUAGUAGGAUGGCGCAGGUACCGAUGAGAGUAGCACAUCAGGCUGGCAUUGUCCAUCAACAGCGUCCGGCCAUCAUGGUGAGCAUGCAGCAGCCACCGCCAAACACCAUGACAGGUCUGGUGAGCAUGAGCCCCAUGAUGGCGCCCAGUGUGGUGAUGGCGCACGGGCCGCCGCCGCCGCUGGCGCACCAGGAGCUAGAGGCGGCGCACCACCUGGCCGCCCACCCGCAGCCGUUCCACCCGCACGCCCACCUGGCGGCCGUGGCGCCGCAGAUGCAGCCGCACCCGCAGCUCUCUGCGCCGCCGCUGGCCGCCGAGCCGCCGCCGCCCCCGCCGCAGCAGCCGCCUCAGCAGCCGCCUCCGCAGCAGCAGCAGCAGCCGCCGCAGCAGGCUCAGCAGCAGGCGGCCGCUGCGGGGGCGACCGGCGGCACCCCCGUGGUGGGACAGAUUCUCUCGUCGAACGCCGAGGACGGGGCGACUGCCGGGGCGGCCGGGGGGUCGGCGGAUGGGAAGGAAAAGACGCCCAUGUGUCUCAUCAACGAACUGGCCAGGUAUAACAAAAUUCAGCACCAGUACCGGCUGACUGACGAGCACGGGCCGGCACACAAGAAAACGUUCACGGUGAUACUGCAGCUGGGCCAGGAGGAGUAUCAGGCCACCGGGCCGAGCAUCAAGAAGGCGCAGCACGCGGCAGCCAGCAACGCCCUGCAGGCCACCAAGUUCAAACACCCGCCGCCGAAACAGCAGCGCAGCACCCGCACCAGUCUGACACCGACUGUAGAGCUGAACUCGCUCGCCAUGAAGCGCAACGAGACGGCCAUGUACACCUUCAUCGAGAGUCCUUACCUGCCGCACAGCCACAUCAACUACAGGGUAAACUACCAGCGGUUCGGUCGCGGCGGUCUCAGCUACACGCCUCAGUACCACGUCAGUCUCCGGGUGGGCGAGCGCGAGUUUUUCGGCGUGGGCGCCAACCCGCAGGCGGCGCGGCACGCCUCGGCUGCACAGGCGCUGAAGGUGCUCAGGGACCUGCCGCUACCCGGACACGUGCAGGGGGCCACCAGCGCAGGGUCGGACGACCCGAACGCCGACCUCAAGUCUCCCAUCUCGCUGGUGCAUGAGAUCGGCCUGAAGCGCAGUCUCAGCGUGGGCUUCACGGUGACGCGCGAGACGGGUCCGCCGCACAUGCGCACCUUCCUGACGCAGUGUUUCUGUGGCGACAUCACCACCGACGGCGAGGGCAGCUCUAAAAAGUUAUCGAAGAAGCGGGCGGCUGAGCUGAUGUUGGAUGAACUGAAGAAGUUACCGGCCCUGCCUGCCGUGCCCAGCAUCACCAAGGUCAAACGAAAACCAAACGCCACAAAAAAGAAAUCACGAAAUCUAAUCAAGGUUACUCCUGAGGAGCAGAAGUGUUCGCCGGACCCCCACCAGGGCAUCAAUCCGAUCUCGCGGCUCAUCCAGAUCCAGCAGGCCAAGAAGGAGCGCGAGCCCGUCUACACUCUGGUCGACGAGCGGGGCAUGGCCCGACGCCGCGAGUUCGUCAUGUCUGUGUCGGCCGGCGGACACACCUGCUCCGGCACAGGGCCCAACAAAAAGCUCGCCAAACGCGCCGCCGCCGAGGCACUGCUCGUCGAGCUGGGCUACUCGCGGCCGCAGCCGCCGGUCGGCCGGCCCAGUCUGAAACAGGCCGGCACAGAGAGCGAGCCGGCCGACCGGUCACGGCGGGUCACCUUCCAGGAGGGAGCGGCUCCGGCCGAGCCGGCCCCGGUCCCGGCGCCGACCCCGGCCCCGGCGGUCGGCCGGCAGCUGGUGCCCGGGCUGAUACUGGUGCCACAGCAGGCGACGGCGACGGGACCGAGCGGUGGCUCGGCCGCCCAGGCCAUGGCUGCGGCGGCCAAGGAGAUGACCAAGGCAGCCCCGGCCGAGCCGGCCGCUGCUGCCGCGCCGCAGCCGGCUGUUCACGCGCCACCGAGACAGCCUGCGGCGGCGCCUGCGCCGCAGCCUGCGCCGGCCCCGGCGCCUGCGCCGAUCCCCGCCGCCGCUCCUGCCGUGGUCUCCAGUGUCCGGCCCAAGCAGCAGCUGCUGUACCUGGCCAAGGUGCUGGGCUUCCAGGUCCAGUUCACCGACAUACCGAGGGGCAACAAAUCCGAGUUCCUCUCACUGGUGUCGCUCAGCACGCAGCCGCCUCAGAUGUCACACGGCUCGGGACCGACGGUGGAGGCCGCGCACGACCAGGCCGCGCUGACCGCGCUCACCGGCCUGACGGAGCUCGGUCUGGACAAUGUCACCAACGGGUCUCCGUCGUCCCCCGCCGGCGGGUCGGCCGACCGCGCCGCCGGUGACGGCCAGACGGGCUCCGACGACGGCGCCGACGGACCUCACGUGACGGCCCAGUAGCCGGUCGGUCGCCGGUGAACAACUCGGUACCGCCGGCCGGACCGCUGACGCCGCGGUGAUGCUGGUCUUCCCACCCGCCUGCGGUGUCUACUUGUCGACCAGCGCGGCUGCCGCCGUCAGUCUCAGCUGAGCUGCUCCGCCCCGCUAAGUCCCCUCCCCGCCGCCAGGGGCGCUGCGGUCGGCCCCCGGCUGGCCCGCGCCCGCUAUCCCUGCCGGUCAGCCGCCGCCGCCGCCGUCCCUGCUGCCACCGCGCCGCUGUGUCUCCGACAGCCUGCUACCCUGUCGGGGAACGGCCGGACGCUGCCGCCGCCGCCCGCCGCGAGAUCGGCCGUCCCGCCCCGUCCGGAGCCUGAGGGCCCGGUGCGAGCGGGCGCCGGCCGCGCGGCCCGCGGUCCCGGCAGCCAAUGUUUGUCGGGUGAGCCGCCGGCUACCGCCGCGCUCCAGUCUCGGUAUCUGUAGCGCAGGUGUACGUCCGCAAAGGUGAAAACCGGACACACGCAUUCAGCACUAGCAUCGCAACCUUUGGACUCGCGCCGGAGAUGUCGCCCGCAAAAGGCAUCCUUACGAAAAAGGUCUGGAGUUCGUUGAGUCUUCGUAGAGCGAGGAUGCUUUUUGUGCGCUAAUAUUUCCGCGUUGCGAGUUCAAGGUUGUCGACAUUUCUGGUUCUCGGUGUUGUCAGUUCUUCACCUAUGUGUGUUAGCACGGAGGCAGGGGCCCGGGUCGCUCGGCGGCCCCGGCCCCGGUCCGCUAUGCCCGCGCCCUCCCGACGCAUGUGUGUCGUGUUGUGUCUCUCUACCCGCCCCUGCCCCGUCCCUGGGUCUCCCCGCAGCCGGCCGCGCGCGCCGCCCCCGACAGAGUAUAUAAUUGUUUGUUGGUGAUGUGACAACUGUUAAAUAAUGGACUGCAUAGCUGUGGAGAGCUGUGAUAUCCGAUCAGGUUUUGACUUUGUUUUUCGUCCGGUGGCCGGCCGGAACGUUUGGUAGCGCGCGCGGCCCGCUGCGGAUCCCUCUGUGUCGGGGCUGGGGCGGGCUCUUCUGUGUGUCUGUGUGUCCCGUCUCUGUCGCUAACUCUCCGAGGGUGGGUCCGGGCGGCCGACUGGUGACCCGCAGCGCCCUGGUAUCCGCUGCGGGCCGUUGGCCGCGUGACGGCAGGAGUCGCCACCUCCGGGCCCGCCCGGGACGCGGUCCGAACACCGCCUCCAGACAGGAGAUCGGACAGAGUCGGGACAGUUCUAUCGAUAUAUGGGGCUAGUUCCAUAAAUGGGAAUAUCGACCUGAAACUGUGAGCUCAUCUCACCAAACCAGGAGGUGUUAUCAUUGACAAUAAUAUUAUAUACUCUCGAGUCUCGACCAAAGGUGUCACAUAUCUGUUAAUGCCUGUUAGAUAUAAAAGACCCCUCCUUGUUUCUGGUUGACAUGAACUCACAGUUUGUUGGUCUUGUAUCGUGCUUUAUGUAGCUACCCCCUCCCCCUCUUGCCGUCUAAGUGGACGAUGUUUAGCUUUAGCACGUGCCGGGCGGCUCCUCAGGUUCGGAGCUCCAGCUCGCGACGCCUGGGCCCUGUUUCAUGGUACGCCGCUAUCCGCCGCUGACUGGUAUUGGCGCCCGGUUUCCAUGGAAACGUAAGCAAACUUGUCAAUUCUGCUUGCAUUUUCAUGGACUCCGAGCUCUUCCAAUGCCUGGUAGAGGCAGGUAGCAGUGUGCUGUGAAACAGUACCCAGCUGGGCUGACCUGCACCUGCUAGUUCGGUCUGCGUCCACUAGGGCGGCGCUGUACACUGUCCUACCGCUGGGUCUCGUAUAUUCGGUCCGUCCGAGUCUGACUGACCGUUUAGUUGACCCGGUCGGCGGGACGGGCUGUCUCCCUCCCCUUCGUACUCUAUUACGGGUCCCGAGCCUCUCCCAAACCGCUGCCGUCGGCCGUCCUUCGCUCGGCCUGACCCGCAGGGCAGGCACGGCGAGGGGCACCGCACGGCUGCCGGGUCGGCUCGGGUCCCCCCUACUGACCCUGCCGGCCUGCUGUGAUGUGGCCCACCUCAGUGGCGACCCGGCGCUGCGUAACACCCUCGCAUUGUAACCGGCGUUUGUGCAAUAAAAACUCUUAUUUCUGUACGAGAAAACCAAAUAAAAACAGAAAAAUG